CUCGGGCUAGUGGAAGACAGAGGAUCCAGAGAAAAGGCAGCCCUUCAGCUAUAACGGAGGGCAGAGGUUAAAUCUAUUGGAUUUUUUUUAUUUGUAAGUAUGGUCACUGCAUACCCUCUCCCUGAAGGCUUCACUGAAGUAGAAGUGUUUGUCAUCGGCACUGCUCUGCUGGUAGAAGCCCUGCUUGGUUUCUGUCUGAAUGGCUUGACAAUUAUUUCUUUCCGAAAAAUCAAAGAACUCCGAACACCCAGCAAUCUGCUGGUUCUCAGCGUUGCACUGGCUGACUGCGGGAUCUGCAUCAACGCCUUCAUUGCUGCCUUUUCCAGCUUCCUCAGAUACUGGCCCUAUGGCUCUGACGGCUGUCAAAUUCAUGGAUUCCAGGGCUUCAUGACAGCACUAGCCAGCAUUAGCUCCAGUGCUGCUGUCGCCUGGGACCGGUAUCAUCACUACUGUACAAGGAGCAAGAUGCAGUGGAGCACAGCCAUCUCCAUGAUGGUGUUUGCAUGGCUGUUUGCUGCCUUUUGGGCCGUGAUGCCCUUGCUGGGGUGGGGUGAAUAUGACUACGAACCCCUCCGAACCUGCUGCACCCUGGACUACAGCAAAGGUGACAGAAACUACAUCACCUACCUUUUUGCUCUGUCCAUUUUCAAUUUCAUUAUCCCUGGCUUCAUCAUGCUGACAGCCUAUCAGUCCAUACAACAGAAGUUCAAGAAAAGUGGGCACUAUAAGUUUAAUACUGGUUUACCAUUGAAGACGCUGGUCAUUUGCUGGGGUCCCUAUUGCCUUUUAUGCUUCUACGCAGCAAUUGAAAAUGUGAUGUUCAUUUCACCAAAAUACCGCAUGAUUCCUGCCGUUAUUGCCAAGACUGCGCCAAUGGUGGACGCCUUUGUAUAUGCCCUGGGGAAUGAGAACUACAGAGGAGGAAUAUGGCAGUUCCUCACAGGACAGAAGAUUGAGAAAGCAGAGGUUGAUAACAAAACUAAAUAAUUCAUUACAGCAUUAAGCCAAAUUAAACAGGUUCAUCACUGAAAGCAAAACGGUAGAUGAAACUGUGCAUUCUCUGAUAUGUACAUGCAAAGGUGGUUCCACAUUGGAAAGGCCAUGUAUUGGCUACAAGCAAUGAAAAACUGAAAGAAAGUCCUUCAGAUAACUGUCCAAAUACCAAGAGCUGCUUGCCAAACAAGCUGCCUUAAACCUGUGUUGAUUAUCAUCAGUCUCAUUUUAUAUACCACUGCAAAUAAACUAUGUGCUGGAAAGAAUUUUUUUUCCUGAUACACUAAGAUAAAAGCUGGGCAAAGUAACUGAAGUAGGGCAUUCAUUUAUCCACUGAAACCUUCUCAAAUCAAUCUGUGCAGUUUGUCCAUAUGUUAACAUCUGGAUUACUAAAAGAUUAAAGAAGUACCCAGUAUUACACCACAUGUCUGUAGAAAGAACUUGUUCAUUUGAACAAUGCAUUUUCAAUGCACCCAAAAUGGGAGUUCCAAAAUUUCCAUGAUGAAUCUGCCAUCCUAAUUCCAUAAAAAUAUUUCAGAGGGCAUUUUACCGCAAUAAGAAAUAUUAACUUGGCUGCUAUUCAAAUUAAUUAGUGUGUGACAUUCAACUUUGACACACACAUUCAGCUGCAUCAGACUUUGCAGCUGCUGGUUACCAGGACAAUUAAAAAGCUCACAGUCCAUCCCCAAAACAUUAAUCUUUUAUCAAACACUGAACAAAAAGUAAAGGGAGUUAUGGGUCAGAUUCUGUUCUAAAAAUGUCGUAAGAAUAACUAUUAACUUCUUAUCUGCCAUUAAAUUCCUCUACGCUCUGUACAAGUGGUAACACUCACUGAAUCAGUCGUGACUAAAGAGUCUGAGCAAGUAAAAAGCUACUUAUUUUACAAUUAUCAGAAUUAAUAUGUAUUUUAAACUAUUAGAAAUGUCUACCGUAAAUGCUUAUAUUUGCUCACAUUUCCUACAGGAUAAAAAACUGUCAGUUGAUGUUGCCUGUUUCUACAAGAUGUGUCUCAGAAUGACCCAUUUGCAAAAAAAAAUAAAUAUGUCCAUGGCACACAGAAUACAAAAGAUUGUGCAUACAAAGAGCGAAACCUAAGUGAUUCUUACAGGGAUAAUAUGGUUAAUUUCCAAGCAUUGACAGUGAGAGAGCUUUUGAAGAUAGCCAAAGAAAAAGAUGACCUGCCCCUAUGAUGUUUUUCAACAUAUUAAAAGGGAAAAUGGUUGUGUAUGGGUUACAGAAGUGCAGAUGGUGCAAUCCUGGAAGCUAAACAGUCUCUGGAUAGAACAGAUAUUCCCCUCAUGGCUACAGAUAGGAAAUAAGUGUCAUUUUGUCACAAGCGAACCAGCAGGAUCCUAUUUGGAGAUGUGUUUUAGGACUUGGGAGGCUCAAUCUAGUCACAAGCCACCCAAAAGAACAGUAAACAAUGCCAUGACAAAAUUAUUCAGAGUCAUCACAUAUAAAGCUGACAACUAAGACUUACAUCCUAGGUGCACAUAAUAUUGAGCAGAUGACAAAAUGUUUGUACUGGUAAGUGCGAAAUAAUGUAUAUGGGCACAAAAUUACCUUUAAGUAUGUAUCUACAGUGACA